AUGAAGUUUUCAUCUGUCCUCAUCCUGGCCUUACAAAUCAGUACCUGUCAAGGCUUUGUUCUGCCCAAUACCUUCGUGUCCAAAAGUAGCCACCUUUUUUCCACGGUAGAAACAAAAGAUUUGUCUCUCACAGAACAAGAUGAACAGCUGAAGGAACCAACAUCAGUUCGAGCUCCGCUCAAGUUUAUGGGUCCCUACCCCUGUCUGGGGUUGAAAUUCCCACAUCUGGCAACUUCGGCCCAGCGCGCCAAAAACAUGAGUGGAAUCUCUUUGGAUUUCCUUUUGGAUACAGCCGCCAAUGUCAACACAAUUAACAGUCAAGUGGCUACGGAAUUGCAGCUUUCUGAAGCGGGAGAAGCACUCCCAGGAGUCAGUGCUGCUGGAUCCAUGGGCGGUGGCACAACCUACAUGCUGGGAGACUGUGAACUCGAGGGUGUAGCCGAGGAGGCAUCCUUUAUGCAAGAGCUCACAGCAUCGGCUCUUCCCGUGGAAAGUCCGGCUUCGGCGGGGCUACUCAGUUUGCCAUUCUUUCACUGCUUUGAAGGAGGGGUAGAGUUUGAUUGGGUGGGUCAACAAAUGGAUGGCAAGCAACUGCCUCCUUCCGUUACCUUUUACGGUCCAGGAGACAGUGAUGCAAUUUUGCAAGACAUCACACGAGUCAAGAUAGAAGAAUUGCCCGUGACGCGUCUCCCAAUGGUCCAACUCAAUAUCAACAAUAUGACCAUCCCAGCACUUCUUGACACGGGAUCACCCAUUACAGUCAUCAAUGCCCAAGCCGCUAAAGAAGCUGGAAUUGAAACUGCAGAAAUUUCCACCAGCAAUGACGACGACAAGAAGGGUGGCAACCUGUUUUCCAAUUUUGCGAAUCGAUUCCAACAAGCUCAGGCAGCCGCACAGGCCGCUGCACGGGGAGAUCUCAUCACCAUUGCUGGAGCAGACGGCAAACCAGUGCAACUCAUCAAGUCCCAAUCGGAGGCUGGCGUGCAUUUGGCAUCCGACGACGACGAGAUUGUAGAUUUUGGAAACAGCAAUAUCUACGUUGGCAAUCUGCCUGGUCUAGCAGCUUUGAAUGGGUUGGGAGAUGAGUCUCCACCGGCUGCCGUCUUGGGAAUGGAUAUUCUUCGCAAGAAACCAAAGAUGUUGCUUUUGGCCAGGAAUCAAGAGGUUUACUUUUAA